CAGAGAUUCCCACGAAAUGCAGGCAGAUAACGAGAAGGUUCCUGCAGAGAAACAAAUCAACGGCUGUAAUGGCAUCGAUAGCUCGAAUCCCGACGCCGACGUGUCGCCGCUUGUUGCCGGUGAAAACUCGCCGUCGCAGGCGGCCACUACCAUGACUUCUAUGGAGAAGUCGCCGUCGGACACAGGCUGUAAUGGCAGCGAUAGCUCCAAUCCCGACGACGACGUGUCGCCGGUUGUUGCCGGUGAAAACUCGCCGUCGCAUGCGGCCACUACCAAGACUUCUUCGGAGAAAUCGCCGUCGGACACUUUCUACGAGAGACUUGCCAAUUUCUUCGAAUCCUCUGGACUGAGUCUACUUUUCAAUUUCCGAGAAACGAGCUUGGACUUGUAUUUGUUUUACAAAGAAGUGACUGAAAGAGGUGGAUUUUAUCAGGUUACCAAGGAUGUCAAAUGGGAUGAAGUAGCAUCUACCUUGAAAUUGAAAAGCAGCGUUCCCAUGUUACCUACUCAACUUCAAAAGCUUUAUUCCUAUCUCCUCUACCAGUUUGAGCAAACAUACUUCUAUCGGACACCUGUAAAACCGAUCAAAGCACCAGGCGAUUCUUCUGGUAUUGGAGUUAACUCAACAGCCAAGCGGAAGUAUGGGGACAGUUCUGAUUCUUCUGAUUCCACAAGAAUUGAUUUUGGUGGCGGGGAUGGCCCAAUGGAGAAAAGGAAGUGCAUUUACUAUCCUUGCCAAUUGUCAACAGAGCCUGGAAUAGCAGAACAGAAAUUGUCCCCUAAGACUCCAUCAAGAAAUUACUCAAAGAAGGAAGCAGAUGCCCCACCGAGACCAAAAACCUCAUACCAGAUAUUCCUCAGGAAAGAAUGUGUUCGAUUAAAAGAGAUACACGGGGAGACCUCUGGAAGCCAUAAUAUCCGAGACAUGGCAAUUGAUGCAUGGAGGUGUCUCUCUGAGACUGACCGACAGCCUUACGUCGAGGAAUAUAAGAAGGACAAGGAAAGAUUCGACCGGGAAAUGACUGCUUACAAGGAGCGAAAAAAUUUGCAAAACAUGACAGCACAGAAGAUGCCUAGCAGUUCAAGACCGAAUGAAAACAGCCGCACCAUUUCAUUCCAAAUUGAAGGUGACUACCAUGUGACUUUGCAACAAUCUGAUGCUGAAAACUUCUUUGUGGCAGAUGAAUCAACGAUUGACACAACAGUUAGAAUGAUGAAGAAUGCACAAGCAGAUGACCCCAUACUUCAGAUCAACUUCGAUGACUACUGUGGAUCACUUGACUUACCAAAUUGAAAGGAUCAUAAAGGGCUUUAGAGCUUCAGUUUCCCAGUUUUGUUUUUACGGGUUUAGGCUGUGGCACGAAUAAUGCUCAUGAUACAUACUUGGUAUCCUUCCUAGGAGGUAUGGUGGAUAUGUUGAUCUUUUGUGUAUCUUUUGUUUCGCCUUUGAAGCUUGUAGUUUGUAUAUAUACCUGUUAACCUGUGGAAAUCUUGUGCAUAUGGUAAUCUUUCUGCUAUCUUUUGGUUCUUUUUUGAAGGUUGUAGUUUGUAUGUAUACCUGUUAACCUGUGGAAAUCUUGCCCCUAUGGAGAUCCUUUUCUCUAGGAAAAUGCUAUGUGUGUGUGUGUGUGUGUGUGUGUAUA